AACAACCAACAACGGAUGUCAAAAAUGUCAAAGAUUUGAAUCGUGACCUUGACCAGUCAAAACAAAACAAGCAACGGCUACAAUUUAUUCAAUUUAUUUACGUAAAUUCUAUCUAUAUUUAUUUUUAAAUGUUUAUUUCUAUUUAUGAAAAGAAAAUAUAUAAUUUCCGAUAACAAAAUCAAUAUUUAAAUGAGUUUAUAUCAAUUAAAUUAAUAUUUUUUAAAUAUUUGAGGCUUACUGGCAACAUUGUACUUUUGACAGCACGUUUUUAAUCUGACAGUUUAGAAAACAUUUCCAAAAGUAAAAUUUCUAGAUGCAAGUUUUAAAAAUUAAAUAACACUAUGGCACUAUGUCGUUCAUUAAAUUUGCAUCAUGCGUGCCAAAGUGUCAGAGGUUAUGUAUUACUGAAGGCCCCUCAACCAAUUCACUUAUUUUCAAAGCAAAGCAGAGCAUUCAAACGUGUAAAAUGGCAGGAAACGAAACAUGAAUUUGACCCGAGCACGCCUUUUGGGCAGACUCCGGUUGACGUAGGCAAACUAUCAUUAGGUUCAUUAUGGAAGCCACUAGGAUUCACUAUAGGUUUUACAGGAGCAUGUUAUGCUGGAGCAGUUAUAUGGCAGUAUGAAAAUAUGCGGCAUAACGCGUUGCGGAUAUUUAGACGUCCAGGUUUUAUGCAGAAACAGGGUACUCUGAGACGAGAUUUCAAUAAAUGGUGGAAUUCCCUAUCAUCUGGUGAGAAGAUAUUUGUGCCGAUAUGUGCAUUAAAUGUAUUAGUCUUUGCUGCCUGGCGUGUACCGCGCCUUCAGCCCACAAUGUUGCGGUAUUUCUGCUCUAAUCCAGGCAGUACCAAUGUCUGCCUGCCAAUGUUGUUGUCAACAUUCAGUCACUACUCACUGUUUCACUUGUUGGCAAAUAUGUAUGUCCUGCAUAGUUUUAGUACAGGUGCUGUGGCUUCAUUAGGAAAAGAACAGUUUUUGGGCCUGUAUCUUAGCGCUGGUGUGAUAUCUAGUUUUACGAGCUAUGUUUUCAAAACUGUGACGCGACAACCCGGACUUUCUCUGGGCGCAUCUGGUGCAAUAAUGGCAAUUCUCGGUUAUGUGUGUACACAAUAUCCAGAUACAAGAUUAGGAAUUAUAUUAUUGCUUUUGACAUUUUCUGCAAGUUCAGCAAUUAAAGUAAUUGUGGGCCUGGACGUGGCCGGUGUCAUGAUGGGUUGGAAACUAUUUGAUCAUGCAGCACAUUUAGGUGGCGCUUUUACUGGCAUUGCUUGGGCUUACUGGGGACAAGAACACGUCUGGCAGAAACGUGACCCUCUCCUACAAUACUGGCACGACUUACGCGGCGCCAUUAAAUAAAAUUCUUGUAAAUCAAGUACAAAACAUGAAAUUUAUAAAUUUGUACGAUGUACAUCAGCUAUAUUUAGCUUGAUCAGGGGUUAUUUAUUAAUUUUAUUAAAUAAUAUAUCAAAUAUCA